CGAUAUACCGCAAUCAGUAAUUCUUCAUCACAACUACAAGUGCUCUCAAAUAACUUGUUUGCAACACGAAAUGAGCUUUUUAAAAAUUGUUAUUGCAAAGGACGUCUGUUAUUGACCAUGCAGGUAUUUGCGUAAAUGCAAUAUCUUCUUGAACAAGUUCUUAUCACCUGGAAGCGAUAAUACGUACUCGUGUUCAGCGAUGAACAAGAUGUGUGUUCUAGUGUUGCUGUUUACAGCAGUGGCGUUGUUUACAUUCACAGCACACUACAACUGGAUGGACGUAAACAUUCUAACACCAAACACGGAUCUUUUCACAAAUGAUCACCACAACGAGCAAAUACAACGCGCCUCUCUCAAAACACAGUGUGAUGCAGAAAUCAAAUCCAACCUUUACCAGACCUCAAGAGAAUACUGUCAGUCACCAUGUGCGACAAAUACCCUCAGAAAUACUAAGAAGUAUGAUCGUCUGGUGUAUAACGAUAAAUACAAGUUCAUCUUCUGCCUCGUGCCCAAGGUUGGUUCAUCCAACUGGAGACGCGUUCUGCUGGUGUUGUCAGGCAAUGUGAACACGUCAGACCCUUUGUCUUUGAGCACGAAAAGCGUCCACACCAAGUACUUCAGAAGCUUGUCUUAUCUGGCGAGUCUUCCACAGGAGGAGAUAUCCUACAGACUCAAACACUAUUACAAGUUCAUCUUCGUGAGAGAUCCGUUAGAGAGACUUCUGUCUACGUACCGGAACAAGUUCUGCGACAAGAAUCGUUUUGUUUGGAGGAAGGUUGGCACACGUAUAAUAAGAGCAUACAGAAGAGAACCAGCCGAGGCGGCAGUAGCGUCUGGUUUGGGUGUGAGGUUUUCAGAGUUCAUUGCCUACGUCGUGGACAGUCCGGUCUAUUCGUACAACAGACACUGGCAGCUGAUUUCCAUCCUGUCCUCGCCGUGUGAAAUCAAGUACGACUUCGUCGGCCACUUGAACAACGCGGACGCGGAUGCCAAAAAAGUUCUGGACCAUCUUGGGGUUUCUCAUUUAGUGCAGUAUCCUGAACGAGAUUACAAUUACAAGCACGCCAAAACUACGUCGAAGCUGAAAGAGUACUACAACAAAAUACCACUGUCGCGCCUGGUUAAACUGGUACCUAUAUAUAAUCUAGACUACUUGAUGUUUAACUUGACGAUUCCACCCAUUUUGCAGAAUAUGUUAAAUAAAUCGAAUUAAA